AUGGGAGCAUGGGAGCACGAGAGCACUGGAGCACGAGAGCACGAGGGCACUGGAGCACGGGCGUCGCAUUUAUCUUUUCAACCCCCCACCUCCUCCUCUUUCUUCCUUUCCUUCCCAUUCCUCAUCCAAUUCCUCAUCCCAUUCCUCAUCCCAUUCCUCAUCCCAUUCCUCAUCCCAUUCCUCAUCCCAUUCCUCAUCCAUUCCUCAUCCAUUCCUCAUCCCUUUCCUCAUCCCAUUCCUCAUCCCAUUCCUCAUCCAUUCCUCAUCCCUUUCCUCAUCCCGUUCCUCAUCCCGUUCCUCAUCCCGUUCCUCAUCCCUUUCCUCAUCCCUUUCCUCAUCCCAUUCCUCAUCCCAUUCCUCAUCCCAUUCCUCAUCCCAUUCCUCAUCCCAUUCCUCAUCCCGUUCCUCAUCCCUUUCCUCAUCCCAUUCCUCAUCCCAUUCCUCAUCCCAUUGCUCAUCCCAUUCCUCAUCCCAUUCCUCAUCCCAUUCCUCAUCCCAUUCCUCAUCCCAUUCCUCAUCCCGUUCCUCAUCCCGUUCCUCAUCCCGUUCCUCAUCCCGUUCCUCAUCCCAUUCCUCAUCCCAUUGCUCAUCCCAUUGCUCAUCCCAUUCCUCAUCCCAUUCCUCAUCAGGGAGUUCACCCAUCUGAAUGGAGGCAGGGGUGGGGGGGGCAGGGAGGUGGGGGGGACAGGGGAGGUGACAGUGACAAAGAGGGGAUAUGACAAAAGCAUGGCAGGUUGUGGUACAGUAGGAUGUGGUGCGGUAGGCUAUGGUGUGGUAGGCAAUGGUGCGGUAGGCAAUGGUGCGGUAUGCAAAGGUGCGGUAGGCAAUGGUGCGGUAUGCUAUGGUGCGGUAUGCUAUGGUGCGGUAUGCAAUGGUGCGGUAGGCUGUGGUGUGCCAGACACACGUGCAGAGGAAGUUUUCAAGCCAUUCAUUCUCUCCCCAAUCAUGUUGCCUCUUUACGCCCAGCAGCAGAACUAUGAGCAUCAUAUUCAGUAG